UUCCGCUCGCUUGGGUUGACUUUACUGUGUGUUCCGUUGAAACCUGUCCGGCGGAAGUUGUGAUCAAGGCCUCGUCACAAAAGCAAUGGCGAGCGGUAUCGGCAAACACAAGAUACUGAAUGUGGGGCCGACGGAGCCCUGGUCAGUCAGGGAGAAAUUGUGCCUGGCCUCCUCUGUUAUGAGGAGCGGAGACCAAAACUGGGUAAGUGUAAGUAGAGCCAUCAAGCCUUUCGCAGAGCCUGGGCGUCCACCAGACUGGUUCUCACAAAAGCACUGUGCCUCACAAUAUUCAGAACUGCUGGAAGCUACUGAAGCCCCUAAGCGUAAGCGCGGUGAGAAGGGCGAGGUGGUCGAGACCAUUGAAGAUGUCAUCGUUCGUAGGCUGACCACUGAGAGAAUAGAGGAGUUAAAAAAACUUAUACGAGAUACACAAGAGCAGUACAGGAAGUUGAAGAAGGAGGUGGAUCUGAUACAGAUGGGUCACAUGGACUCCCAGCUGAAAGAGCUUUGGGGAGAGAUCACAUUAAAGAAGAAGCAGGACGAGGAGGAAGCAGAGCGGAAGAGGAAAGCCACAGAAAUGGCGUACCAAGCUCGCCAGGCAGUGAAAAACACACCCAAGCGUCUGCCCAGUGUGACUUUACGGUCUCCCCUGGGUGCCAGCCCGCCAAACCUGGAUUCUCAGACUGACUCUUCAGUGCCCACUCCACCCAUGGAUACAGGAGCCGGUGUCUCUGAAGAUACAACCACCACCCACUCAGUUGCUCAGGGGGUAGGAGUGUUUCUACCAGCAGCAGACCCUCCAGGACCUGGGCCCAAAGAUGGUGGACUCGCUGUUCUAGUCGAUGACUCGCCACAGAAAAGGCUCCUAGCCCAGAAGGCCACACCGCCACCCUCACCUCUACUGUCAGAACUGCUGAAAAAAGGCAACCUCAUCUCAGCCAGCCCUCGCCUGGUUGCAGAGGGCGACUCCACUGGAAGCCUAACUAAUGGCGUACAGACUGCUACGGCAGCCACUGCCUUACCACCUGGCCAUGACAUCAUCACAGAGGGGGAAGCGGAGGCCGCAGUGAAGGCAGAGCUCGGUGAGGACACGGGAUUAGUAGAAGAAGACCUCGUGGCUGUGUCUUACAUUGGUGAUGAACUGGACCUGGAGACAGUGGGAGACAUCAUUGCCAUCAUUGAAGAGAAGGACGAUGACCCUGUGGCUUUGGAUGCAGCUGCGGUGGAAGCAGCUCUCUCUCUGUGCGAAGAGGCCGUGUCAGAAGGUCACACCCUACCUGGCCCCUGGGAGACCCAGGAGCUGAAAGCUUCAGAGCCCACACCCACCAUCCAAGAGUCAGCCCCCCCACAGACACCUCAGGAUAUGGUCGCAACAUUAGCCCCGACACCUGCCAGCCAGGAGACACAAAACCAGCCAGAUACUAACAGGGAAGAACCGCUUAAGGGAAACUAUGAAGGACCUGAGGUGACGGGAAGUGAUGUCACUUCUUCUGUCACCUCUGAUGAUGGUGUAGCAGCAAGUGAAGUCGCAGAGGAGGGGCCCGUGGUCAAAGAAGUCACUGAAGCUACAGUGAAGAGUGAAGGAGAGGAGUGGAGUCAGCCUGAGCCCAACCCACCUUGCUUAGACUCUGAGGACAGCUCUGUGUCCGGGAAAGAGUCCAAGGAGGUGAAGGAGGAGGAGGCAGGGAGCGAGGGCGACCCCGAAGAAGCGAUGGAGCUGAAGGACGAGUGUGGAGAGGGGGAGGGUCCAUAUUUAUCUGAGGUGGAUCGGGCAGCAAGUGAGAGUGAGGAUGGAUACGGCCCGCCCUCCCAGCGCUACACUGCUGAUUCACUGGCCAGCAGCCCGGCCUCUUCUUCCCAGCUCUCUACAUGUGGCGAAGACCAGGAGGCGGUCCAGGCGCAGAAGAUCUGGAAGAAAGCCAUUAUGCUGGUGUGGAGAGCUGCAGCCAAUCACAGGUACGCCAGCGUCUUCCUACAGCCUGUGUCAGAUGACAUCGCUCCAGGUUACCACAGCAUUGUACACAGACCCAUGGACCUGUCCGCCAUAAAGAAGAACAUCGAGUCCGGUGUUAUCCGUACCACCGCUGAGUUCCAGCGCGACAUCAUGCUGAUGUUUCAGAAUGCCGUCAUGUACAACUCGUCGGACCACGACGUGUACCACAUGGCGCUGGAGAUGCAGCGCGACGUCCUGGAGCACGUCCAGCAGUUCCUGGCCACCCAGCUCAUCAUGCAGACCUCAGAGAGCGCCAUCUCUGCCAAGAGCCUCCGAGGCAGGGAGGGAAAUCGUAAACCAGGAGAGCCAGCCGAGAAGGACAGUGUCCCAAUGGCCUCUCCUGCUUUCCUUCUCUCUCUUUUUGAUGGAGGCACUAGGGGGCGGCGGAGUGCCAUGGAGGCCGACCUCAAGAUGAAGAAGUAGUGCAAGAGGGGGCUGAGAGCCGCUCAUCGAAUCUUGCAGCUGAUUGCUUUCUGGUCACUUUGGUCGUUUUCUGAAGAGGACUGUGCCGUCUCCAUGUGCCUGGUUUUUGUGUGCACACACACACCUAUACUAAGGGCCAUAAGUGUGUGUGUGUGUGUCUGAGAGAGCUGUACAGUGUUUUCUCCGCUCCCAUUCAUGGGGUGCCAUGGGAUGUUGCACCAAUUUUCCCAAGAAUAAUUUCACCAGCACGGGUAGCGGGGGUCAUAAUUUGCCCCUGCUGCAACACAAGGUCUUUGUGGAUAGAGAACAAUACUUUCACCAGCAACAGUUUGUUUGGGAUCAGAUGGGAACGGGCCAGAUGAGUUCUACUUGGCAGAUUUGAUCACUUUGAGUCGUGCAUACGUCCGGCACCCGAUUAUGCUCAGCCCCUUUGGGCUGAACAGACGUCAACAACGAAGAUGGCCACAUGAGCAACCAUGAUGUAUAGUUCCACAAAUUCAAAGCGAGUCUUCUAGUUCUGCAUGUUGGGCUGACACCACCCCGAGCAAAGAAAUCUGUUAGUUUGAUCACUGCUAAAGCAUAAUGGUAAAAUAAGAGUUACUUAAAAUAUUUCAUAAAAUAGAUUUCUGAUCUUCUUUUUGGUUGCAAAAUUGUGGUUUGUGUCUUCUAUUAAUAGUAAUUUAAUUGAUUUGAUUCAAUCUAUUGGCCAUUGUCUACCAGUGCAUGUUUCAGCCCAUUAAACUGCAGAUCCUUCACUUUUCUACUGAUCGUACUUCUGAGUACAAUUGAUAAUAAGGGUAAUUAUAUAAAUAUAGAUAAAAUUCAGCCACAGGUUAAACUCAGUGUAACACGUUCAACACUGAGCAGGGCUGCCACUGAUGUUUGGCAACAAGCUCUUAACCUGAGGUAUCGACAGCACCAAAAAAAGGCUUUCAAAACAUUACCCGGCUCUACAAAAUAUUUAAUUAGGUUGACCUCAAAAUGUCAAAGCCCUUCUUUUACAGGGAAAUACACUAAGGCCCGAAGUUGCCCUUGAAGCAGCUUUAAAUACCAGUGGUUUGACAAAACAGCUGUUUUUUAAUGGGCUUUAACAGAUUGUUGCUGAAUCAUUGCCACUUAUUACUUAGGAUGUAGGCUGUGCAUAGAGCACAGGAAAGAUUUUUGUAAUGCGUGUCACGGAGUGAAGUUUUGUACUGGAAAAGGUUCAUGUAGUUGUGUUUGGGUAGCUGAUACAUUUGUGUAAAUUUGUUAAUAAAGAUUUGAUCUAAACGUGUAAGGGAUCAGUUUGGGAUUUAAGCAGCAUUUCACUUUGAAUUUCUUGAGUAAUGAUUAACCUGACAAGGGGAAUUCAUUCUGUGGGAACAGUUUCCUGGUAACUGCAUUUUGUGCCCUCAGGCUUAUUGUAAUCAGGAACAGGAUUAUUUACAGUUUCUAUUACCUGUAAAUGGGUCUGUAAUUAUGAUGGUAUCACAGGGUCUGUGUGAUCCCAGUGUUCAAAAGAAACAUGCAAACACAGCACUGAAGUUGUGCAAAAAGUUUAUUUUGCAUUCUGUAUAUUAAGAGGCAUCUUUCAGGAAUGAGGCCUGCCCAAUCCUGUACUGACACACUUCCAGUGUACACAUCUUUACAUUCAAAUACUGGUGCAAAAAUACUGUCACCAACUACAGAAUAGAGGAAAGCGAAAAAUAAAUAUAAAAACGAAGAAAAAUAGUGGGCCUCCUGUCAGACUUUCAUACAGAAAAAUAAAUAACUCACUUUAAAAACUACAGGAAGGCAAUCAGGUUCCAGUGCAUGGCAGACUACAUGUAGCUGAUGGUUAAAACCACACACGGGUAAUGGUUUAGCGUCUCAUCUUCACCCCUAGUUGAAGUCGUGAACAACAGGACUGGCAGAGGAGUAGAGCUUCCUCUUGACCAGCCGGUACUCUGGUCUCAGCUUCAAAACUUUGUUGCCAUCGAAGAUGUUCUUGAAUGACGGCCAGCCGUCACUUUCUGCCUUGAAGACCACAGAUAGCUCGAAAGUCGGUGUGACGCUGGAAUCGGGGAAGAUGCUCCCGAUGUACUUCAGGCCAUCUUUGCCAUCGAUGUAGAGCUUGAUGGAGGCCCCCCGGAGCCCACAGGGCUCAUCAGCAGAGGCACGCACCACAUCCUGACUAAUCCUGGUGGUCAUGUGGCGAGGCAGCAGGAGCACCUGGCAGUUGAGGAUGGAAGCCUUGGCCUCAGUGAGGCGACGCUCCAUCUGCUGAGUCACAACCUGCUGGAAAAGCCGCUGUUCGUGCUCCAGACCGGCGUCCAGGUCAGCAACUGAAUAAAGAGACAAAGCAGCGUCAGAAUGAGAAACAAGUCACACCAUCUCAUUAGAGUUUAAUAUCCACGUCAAAGGGUCCCUCUUCUCUACACUAGCAACGUUGAGUGUCAGACCCUUGAAUCAAUUCACUUUAGACAGAUUUUAAAUCACGUGAAAGCUGCAAUUAAUAUAGUACGUCACCAGAAUAAAGGCUUUGCAUCAGCAGCGAACAAGGAAGCGCUCUGAAAAGCUAAGCAAGUGAUCAGCUGAUCCAAAAGCUGAAGGGCUUGCAUCAGACGAGUGUCCCGUGAACGAGCACUGCCAGUUCAAUGCCCCAUUGUUCUAGCGCGAAGGUUUAGUUACUUCCAAACGGUUCCAUGGUUUACUUUGGACCAUUGAUAUUUAAAUAGCAUUAGCUGUGUUUGAAGGCUCUGCCAGCCAGAGAGAGAGGAGUCCUUAGACUAGGAGCACUUAAGGAAGAACCUUCGCCUUUUUU